AUGUCCGACGGAAAGCUCCCAAAUGGCAAGCUGCCCUACGGCACGCCGGAAGGCGGCUGGAAAGCAGUCCACACAUGGAGGACACCGGACUGGGUAGAACCGAUCCUGAUUGUCUCCAUCAUGGCUACCGCGCUGUGGUUCAGCCGCCGAAAGAACUUCUCCAUCCUCCGCCGCGGCGGUGCCACCUACGAGCCUCUCUUCGACGGCGCCGACUCCCCCCGAAUCUCGGAUGAGUACGAUUCUCUCGGAAGCCCCCUUCGAACCGAUCCUCACCCGCCCAAGUCCCGCACCAUCUUCGGCUGCCUACGCGUCACCACCCCGAACUCGAGUCGCUUCGCCAAAUACGUCCACUCCCGCAUCCUCCAAAAGUUUCCCUUCCUCGUCGAGAUGUUCUACUGGGCCAUUUCCUUCUUCUUCUACCGCAUGACCGGAAGCCUUGCCCAGAGCUACUACGGCGGCACCAAGUCCUUGUGGGAGGUUGCUCAGGGACACGGCCUGUGGCUGCUCGAGGCCGAGGCCAACUUCUUCGGCGAGGGCACCAGGACUGGCCCGGAGCGCUGGGUUGAAUGGCGCGUAUCCCACUGGUUUCUCGAGGGCGCCCAGGUCGACGAUUUCCGCGGCGUCUGGCUGACCAUCCUGAACCGUGGUUACUCCAUCAUCCACAUCCCCGGCACCGUGGGCUUCCUCGGAUACUACUAUGCCAUGGCUCCCACCCACGCCCGCUUCUGUACCGUCCGUCGCACCAUGACCUUGCUGAACUGGUUUGCCUUCAUCAUCUUCAUCUUCUAUCCCUGUGCGCCCCCGCGCCUGAUGCCUUCCGAGUACGGUUUCGUUGAUACCGUCAACCUCGAAAACGCCGAGAGUGUCUGGAUGAGCGGAAAGUUCGUGAACAAGUUGGCCGCCAUGCCGAGUAUGCACUUUGGAUACGCGUUCCUCAUCGGAUGUGUCUUCAUCGCCGACUCUGCCAUCCUCAACCUUCUCUUUGGUCGCCUGCGCAACUACCUCCUCAAGGACGAUUUGGAUAAGUCCUUGGAUAUCGAUGACGUCGAGGUGAAGGAGGUUCAGGAGAACCGCAAGCGCUGGAAGAGCUGGAUCAUGUUUGCCUUUGGUAUCUUCUAUCCCAGCUGGAUCCUUCUCACCAUCGUCGGCACGGCCAACCACUACCUGCUGGACGCCGUUGUGGCCACCUUUUGCGCGUUGAUGGCCUACCUCUGCAACCGUGCUCUGCUGGUCUUCCUCCCCGCUGAGGAUAUGCUGCUCUGGGCCUGGAGACUCGAAAAGCCCGUACCUACCACUGGUCGCAUGAAGAACAUCGCCGUGCGGUGA